CUUCCGGGAUCUGGCUGGCGGGCGCUUUGUCUCGCUUUCGCCACAGUAGGCUCUUGCUGUUAGUCUCCGCUGCUGCUUCUUGACUCUGGGAGGCCCAGGUGGCUCUGCAGCAGCCUCUGCCACCCUGUGACUUGCGGGUAUUGGGACAUCCCUAGCUGACGCCAGGACACCCGGGAAGCCGAGGAAUGGUGAGUGGACUGCGCCUGGCUUCCCGAAGUGGGGAAAAGGGCUGGUUGAAACCUGCUGGAACCAGCCAUCGGCUGCGGAACCUGCGGACCGAGUCGCCGGGCGCAGCCGGGCCUCAGUCCCCUUCUGUGCAGGGCCGGGCGGGGCGGGCAGCGGGACCCCUGCGUCCUGUCUGUACCUGUGGGCGCCACUUCCGCCGGCCGGAGCCCUCUCGGGAACCCCGCGCCUCCCCCACCCAGGACUCCGUGGCUUUUGAGGAUGUGGCUGUGAACUUUACCCAGGAGGAAUGGGCUUUGCUAGAUUCUUCUCAGAAGAAUCUCUACAGAGAAGUGAUGCAGGAAACCUGCAGGAACCUGGCUUCUGUAGGGGCGGGCAGUGGUCAACAGUGACCCGAACCCUUGGACUCCUUGCUCAAAGCUGCCUCAGCUCAUCUGCCUGAAAUUCCAGUUACUGUCAUGUUGUGUGGACCCAUACAAGAACAAAAUGUGGAUCUCUCGAGGUAGCUUACCCUGCGCCCACAGACUGUGACAACGGGGUGACCCAGGAGGGGAAGCUGCAUCUCUUCCGGCCCAGGAUCCAUUGUCACCUGCAGAGAGAGAAGCACCAAGGGAUCCUCAGAGACACCAUGACCGCAGCGCCAACCAAAAUCCACCCAGACAGCCGACUUUCCCGGAGCGCUGUUAUGUCUUUUUGGACUGAGAUGACUCAAGAAGAAAUGUCCCUAAUCUUCGUCCAUCUCCAGGCUUGGGAGAAGGUUGUGAAGAAAUGUGGCUUCCAAAGUGAUGAGGCUGAUAUGCUGUCCUGUGUUCUGUUUGAAGAACUGACGCGAUGUGACAAAGAUUCCAUGCCAGAUGGGUAUCUGUCAGAGGAGGAAAAACUGUUUCUCUCAUAUUUUCCUUUGCACAAAUUUGAGCUAGAACAGAACAUCAAAGAACUUAACACCCUUGCGGACCAAGUUGACACCACUCACAAGUUGCUGACCAAGACCAGCCUGGUGGCCAGCUCUUCCGGGGCUGUUUCUGGGGUCAUGAGCCUCCUGGGUUUGGCCCUAGCACCUGUGACAGCAGGAGGCAGUCUCAUGCUCUCAGCAGCUGCGACAGGGUUGGGGGCAGCAGCUGCCAUCACCAACAUAGUAACAAAUGUUUUAGAAAAUAGGAGCAAUUCAGCAGCAAGAGACAAAGCCAGCCGACUGGGGCCUCUGACGACAUCACAUGAGGCUUUCGGAGAAAUAAAUUGGUCUGAAAUCGGGGCUGCUGGCUUUUGUGUUGAUAAGUGUGUAAAAGCCAUCAAGGGCAUCAGGGACCUUCGUGCCUACCAGAUGGCCAAAGCCAACUCUGGGUUCAUGGCUAUGGUCAAGAAUUUUGUGGUCACAAGACACAUCCCUUUCUGGAGGGCUAGAGGGGUGCAGAGAGCCUUUGAGGGCACAACUCUGGCUAUGACCAAUGGUGCCCGGGUGAUGGGUGCUGCUGGGGCUGGCUUCUUACUGUUGAAAGACAUGAGCAGCUUCCUGCAGAGCUGGAAGCACCUGGAGGAUGGGGCAAGGACGGAGACAGCGGAGGAACUGAGGACACUUGCUAAGAAGCUGGAGCAGGACCUGGACUGGCUCACUGAGCGCCACCGGCACCUGCUACAGAAGGCAAGCCGGACCUCUUCCAGCUGCCGGGGAAGGGCUGUUCGAGGAUCCCGUGUGAUUAAACCAGAAGGGUCUCGCUCACCUCUCCCCUGGCCUGUCGUGGAGCACCAGCCUAGUCUGGGCCCUGGCGGGGCACCGAGAACACCAAAGAGGACAGUCUCUGCCCCAAGGACACUUGGCCACCAGCCAGCCCCACCAGCACCAGGCCCCGGGAAGACACUGACAGCGAGAAGAGUUGGUCACCCUGUCACCACUGAACCUUGAUUUAACAAAGGCAAAAUGCAAGUCUUCGAUGAAGAAUAAUGGGGGUAGGGAAGCUUUAGUGGCAAUAAUAAAAACCAGCAGCGAUGAUAAUAGAAGACAAACCUCUAGUGGUUUGUGGUCACCCUUGCGGACUCCAGGAAUACCUGGGGUGGAAGACACAUUGGCAAGAGACCAGCUUUUUCGUGGGUACAGAUGGAGUUGGAGGCCGAGAAGACCUACAUGUUCAUGUUAAUUAAAACUGGAGCUGGAACACAGUCCAAACUUAUGUAUUUUCCAAAUUGUAUGUAACUACAUAGUACCUUCAUAAUGAAAAUGAAAACAUUUUUAAACUAUCACCUGCCACUCCUCCCCCUCUUCCCUCCUGUCAUCUGUCAUGACUCUGCAGUCAACACCUUUGCGUGGAGACUGUUGCUCAAGCUAAGAUCCAUUCUCCAUUCCCAGGGUUCCUGCAAUGACAAGUUAGUGAUUUGAGAAAAGCUGUGACUGGGAGAAAAUCAUCCCUUUACUGUAGCAUAAUUUAUAAUCAUGAAAAAUGUGAAGCCAUUAAAAUGUUCCAGUGCUAGGGAACUGGUUACAUACAAAAUAUUCAUCCACUUGAUAAAACACUAGGUAGCUGUCAGAAAUGAUGCUCCCUCAAUGACUGGGUUCACGAGGAAAAUGUCGCUUGUGUUAUUAGGUGGAAAAGAGCAGGGACUUCCUUACCUUUUACUUAAGGAAAGCACAUCUCAGACCUGUGUGCAGGAAAACAAAACCCUUCCAAGGAGCACAGCAAGGUCCCGGUGUGGCUGUUCAGGGGUAAACGUGGUGAUGUGUCCCCUCUUCUUUCUGCCUUUCUGUGUUUUUCAAGUCUUCAGUUACGCACAUUACUGUUUUAUAAAAUAGAAGGAAUAUAGAUAAUAAAUAUUUACUGCAAAUCUAAAAUAAAAUGUUUAAAAACAGGA